UUUCCCCUCUUUCCCCAGGGAAGUCCGUAACUGUUUUAUGGCCCGAGGACUCUAAAGCAAUUUUAGUGGGCCAGAAGGCUUGGUGGGGUUUCAGGAGGGAAAUCUUGGACUUAAAUUGUAGGACCUCCUUGACUUCCCCCAUAUCUUUUUAGGCCUCAGAAUUGAUACUUUGAAAGUUUUUUGAGUGAGAGCGAUGGAUCUUAAUGUUGAAUCAAAAUUAUGCUAGGAUAUUCAUCCUUACCCUGUUUUUGAAAAUCACGGCUAGAGUUUGAGCAAGAUGUACAGACCAGCUCUCAAAAUGGCUUCUGUGUCCUCCCAGCAUCUUCUCAGACAGUUGCAUUAGCUUCCUGCUAGUUGACUAAUAGAAUUAAUAAUUGUAGAAAGCCCUCUAAAGCCACAUGCCUUAUGAAGUCAAUGCUGGGUAUGAUUUUACAAAUAUGGUCCGGAAAAAGAACCCCCCUCUGAGAAACGUUGCUAGUGAAGGCGAGGGCCAGACCCUGGAGCCGAUAGGUACAGAAAGCAAGGUAUCUGGAAAGAGCAAAGAAUUUUCUGCAGAUCAGAUGUCAGAAAAUACUGAUCAGAGUGAUGCUGCAGAGCUAAAUAACAAGGAGGAGCAUAGCUUGCAUGUCCAAGAUCCGCCUUCUAGCAGCAAGAAGGACGCCAAAAGCUCAGCCCUGGGUGAGAAGGCUGGCUUCAAUUAUGAGAGCCCCAGCAAGGGAGGGAACCUUCCAUCUUUUGCGCAUGAUGAGGUGACCGACAGAAAUAUGUUGGCUUUCUCAUCUCCAGCUGCGGGGGGCAUCUGUGAACCCUUAAAGUCUCCUCAGAGAGCAGAGGCAGAUGGUCCUCAAGAUACAGCCUGCGCCCCUCCAGGGGACUCAUCGGAGACAAAGGACGAUCAGAAGAUGUCGCCAAAGGCUACGGAGGAAACAGGGCAAGCGCAGAGUGGUCAAGCCAAUCGCCAAGGGUUAAGCCCAGUUUCAGUGGCCUCCAAAAACCCACAAGUGCCUUCAGAUGGGGGUGUGAGACUGAAUAAAUCCAAAACGGACUCAGUGGUGAACGACAACCCAGACCCGGCACCUCUGUCUCCGGAGCUUCAGGACUUUAAAUGCAAUAUCUGCGGGUACGGUUACUAUGGCAACGACCCCACAGAUCUGAUUAAGCACUUCCGAAAGUAUCACUUAGGACUGCAUAACCGCACCAGGCAGGAUGCUGAGCUGGACAGCAAAAUCCUGGCCCUUCAUAACAUGGUGCAGUUCAGCCAUUCCAAAGACUUCCAGAAGGUCAACCGUUCUGUGCUUUCUGGUGUGCUGCAGGACAUCAAUUCUUCCAGGCCCGUUUUACUAAAUGGGACCUAUGAUGUACAGGUCACUUCAGGUGGAACAUUCAUUGGCAUUGGACGGAAGACGCCAGAUUGCCAAGGAAACACCAAGUAUUUCCGCUGUAAAUUCUGCAAUUUCACUUAUAUGGGCAACUCAUCCACUGAGCUAGAACAGCAUUUUCUUCAGACGCACCCGAACAAGAUCAAAGCUUCUCUGUCCUCCUCAGAGGGUGCCAAACCUUCAGAGAAAAACUCUAACAAAUCCAUCCCUGCCCUUCGGUCCGGCGAUUCUGCAGACUUGGGAAAGUGGCAGGACAAGAUCACAGUGAAGGCAGGAGAUGACACUCCGAUCGGCUACUCAGUGCCCAUCAAGCCCCUCGACUCCUCAAGACAGAACAGCACGGAGGCCACCAGUUACUACUGGUGUAAGUUUUGCAGUUUCAGCUGUGAGUCCUCCGGCUCACUGAAACUGCUAGAACAUUAUGGCAAGCAGCACGGGGCAGUGCCGUCAGGUGGCCUUAACCUGGAACUGAACGAUAAGCUCCCCAGGGGCUCUGUCAUUAACCAGAAUGAUCUAGCCAAAAAUGCGGAAGCAGAGCCAAUGACCAAGGCAGACAAGGGCCUGAGUGGGGCUAAGAAGAAGGACUUCUCCGCCAAGGGAGCGGAGGAUAACGUGGUCACCAGUUACAACUGUCAGUUCUGCGACUUUAGGUAUUCCAAGAGCCACGGCCCGGAAGUCAUUGUGGUGGGGCCGCUCCUGCGUCACUAUCAGCAGCUCCACAACAUCCACAAGUGCACCAUCAAGCACUGUCCCUUCUGCCCCAGAGGCCUUUGCAGCCCAGAAAAGCACCUUGGAGAAAUUACUUAUCCGUUUGCUUGUAGAAAAAGUAAUUGUUCCCACUGUGCACUCUUGCUGUUGCACUUGUCUCCCGGGGCAGCCGGAAGCUCGCGAGUCAAACACCAGUGCCACCAGUGUGCGUUUUCCACCCCUGACGUAGAUGUGCUCCUCUUCCACUAUGAAACAGUGCAUGAGCCCCAAGCGUCGGAGGUCAAACAGGAAGCCAAUCAUCUGCAAGGACUGGAUGGGCCGCAGGCUGUCAAGGAGAGCAAAGAACACUCAUGCACCAAAUGUGAUUUUAUUACACAGGUGGAAGAAGAGAUUUCCAGACACUACAGGAGAGCGCACAGCUGCUACAAGUGUCGCCAGUGCAGCUUCACGGCUGGCGACACGCAGGCACUACUGGAACACUUCAACACUGCCCACUGCCAGGAGCAGGACAGCACUACAGCCAACGGCGAGGAGGACGGGCCCGCCUGCGCCAUCAAGGAGGAGCCCAAGCUGGACCUGAAGGUCUACAGUCUGCUGAGCCCAGACUCCAAGCCAGGCGAGGCCGCGUGCGAGGGCACGGUGAAGCGGGAGAAGCCGGAGGACAAGGACGCGCUCAGGGAGAAGGCCUGGGCCGAGGGCUCGGGCGAAGAGCUGGCCCUGGGCCCGCAGUUCCCCGCGUCCGGAGAGAGCAAGGCCAAGGACGAGUCGCAGUCCCUGCUACGGAGGCGCAGAGGCUCGGGUGUGUUCUGUGCCAAUUGCCUGACCACGAAGACCUCUCUCUGGCGAAAGAAUGCAAAUGGCGGCUAUGUAUGCAACGCGUGUGGCCUCUACCAGAAGCUUCACUCGACUCCCAGGCCUUUAAACAUCAUUAAACAAAACAACGGUGAGCAGAUUAUUAGGAGAAGAACAAGAAAGCGCCUUAACCCGGAGGCACUUCAGGCUGAGCAGCUCAACAAACAGCAGAGGGGUAACAGUGAGGAGCAGGUCAAUGGAAGCCCAUUAGAGAGGAGGUCAGAAGAGCAUUUAACUGAGAGCCAUCAGAGAGAAGUUCCACUCCCAAGCCUAAGUAAAUAUGAAGCCCAGGGUUCAUUGACUAAAAGCCAUUCUGCUCAGCAGCCAGUCCUGGUCAGCCAAACUCUGGAUAUUCACAAAAGGAUGCAACCUUUGCACAUUCAGAUUAAAAGUCCUCAGGAAAGUACUGGAGAUCCAGGAAACAGUUCCUCUGUAUCUGAAGGGAAAGGAAGUUCUGAGAGAGGCAGUCCCAUAGAAAAGUAUAUGAGACCUGCAAAACACCCAAAUUACUCACCACCAGGCAGCCCUAUUGAAAAGUACCAGUACCCACUUUUUGGACUUCCCUUUGUACAUAACGACUUCCAGAGUGAAGCUGAUUGGCUGCGGUUCUGGAGUAAAUAUAAGCUCUCUGUUCCUGGGAAUCCGCACUACUUGAGUCAUGUGCCUGGCCUACCAAAUCCUUGCCAAAACUAUGUGCCUUAUCCCACCUUCAAUCUGCCUCCUCAUUUUUCAGCUGUCGGAUCAGACAAUGACAUUCCUCUAGAUUUGGCGAUCAAGCAUUCCAGACCUGGGCCAACCGCAAAUGGUGCCUCCAAGGAGAAAACAAAGGCACCGCCCAUUGUAAAAAAUGAAGGUCCUUUGAAUGUAGCAAAAACAGAGAAAGUUGACAGAAGUACUCAAGAUGAGCUUUCGACAAAGUGUGUGCACUGCGGCAUUGUCUUUCUGGAUGAAGUGAUGUACGCGUUGCAUAUGAGUUGCCAUGGUGACAGCGGACCUUUCCAGUGCAGCAUAUGCCAGCAUCUUUGCACGGACAAAUACGACUUCACAACGCACAUCCAGAGGGGCCUGCAUAGGAACAAUGCACAAGCGGAAAAAAAUGGAAAACCUAAAGAGUAAAACCUUAGCACUUAGCACAAUUAAAUAGAAAUAGGUUUUCUUGAUGGGAAUUCAAUAGCUUGUAAUGUCUUAUGAAGACCUAUUAAAAAAUACUUCAUAGAGCCUGCCUUAUCCAACAUGAAAUUCCCUUCUUUUAUUCUUCUUUCUUUUGUUGAGUAGGUUACCAAGAUUUAAAAAUAAGACAGGUGGUCAGUGAGAAAGAAAGGAAGGUGGUAAACAGUCGUUUUUAAAACUUAGCAAGUCAGAGCCAUCUUGACAGAUGUGUACUGGGGAAAUGAACCAUAGAGUCCCACCAGAUUAUCUGAAAGGUAAAAGGAUAGAAGCUGUCUAGAACUUGAAAGGGUUUACAUAUUACAGUGCAGAAGCAGUAUUGGGUUGGCCAUUGGCCCAUUUGUUCAAAAACCCAUCCAUUGUGUCCUCGACUUAGAGGUAUCCUGAAAUCGAAUCUUCAGGGUGAGGGAAGGGAAACGGCUCCCUCGCAAAUCAUUCUCAGACUUGGACCUAGACGUGAGAAAGUCUGGUUAGGCCUGGUGAGAGAGCAGCAAGAAACCUGACAGAUGGGUGGCACGAUGGUGUGGCCAGCCCUGCCUGUGCAUGCACAUGUGCACCCUCUGAUAUUUUUGUCCUUUAGUUGUUCAAAUAGUCAGUAGUCCUUUGUUUGCAGUUUAGGUUCAUUUUGUCCGAAUGUAGUCCUAUUUUUUUAAAAAAACAAUGUCCUCGAUGCUUACAUAGUAACUUUACUUUAGCCAAAUAAUGUCUUUCUCAUUUAGGAUGAACAAGGUUGGAUUUUUUUUCCUCCUGUUGGUCAAUAAUCUCACUUGGCACAUUAUGAUGAGAGGAAUCCCCUCAGUUGAAUAGGUGGAUGCAAACGUCACACCAUGCAUUUAAUUUGCUUAGAAAACAUGAAUUUCUCCAUAAGGUAACCUGCUGUAUUUAUUUAUUUCCUUUUGGUUAAAUGUAAUUUCCAAACUUUGUGGUCAGGCAGUGUCUAAGGUUACGUUACCACAGACUGACAGUUAGGAUAAGUACCAAUCACUCCCUUCAUUAGAUUAUGCAGGUUUAGUUAAGUAGCAUUAAAUAGGAUUCUUAGAAGUAUGUCUUCAUAGUACUUUUAAUACUUAAGGCUUUGUAAAAACUAUCCAUGAAGGGAAAGCUCCUCAGCAUAACUGCUCAGGGAAAUAGGGCUAAAUAACUGAACAUUAAAUAAUUGGUUAAAGGUGCUGUUAGUCGAGCCUCAAUGCUUGCUACAAGGAUGUAUGUACAAGGACUGACUUUAAUAAUUUGCAUUAUAUUGUCCCAACCAGUAGUUUAUUUUUUGCCACGGAGAUGUAGAAGAUAUUACAAGCUACUGGAUGCACUGUCAGAUUAACUUAUUUCAUUAAAGAAGUUGGGAGAACAAAUAGGAAAAAAAAACUUAUUUUUCUAGUAAAUAUUAAUGUAUUACAUUUCAAAUAAUGGUGCCUGACAUAUUGAAUAAAUAUUUUCUACAGUGUACGUAUGCAACAAAGAUAUUCCAUCAUGCAUUAGAGUCAGUUCUGGCUCUGCCUAGCUGUUUACAUUUGCAAAUGUAGCAAACAAGGUAAUGAAGCAACUAUUUCUAUUGCAGUAGAUACCUUUUUGUGUGUGUGUGUGUGUGCAUUAAAGUUGUAAACGGUAACAUGAAACAAAUGAAAGU